AUGGCUUCGCUCGCGCUCCGGUCGUUUGACCUGGUUACGGCUAUUGUGUCGUACCAAGAAGGACUACCACAAGACUUGGCGGUCGUCCAGCGCCUCGCCGACGCCGUCCAGCUCACGCCAGGUUCGGAGUACCGGUACAUUUGCGAAGACCAAACGGGGUACCUCGCCCACAUCCCAGCCCGGUUUGCAUCAUCGCCGUACCUCCAGCGGUAUCCACACCGAACAACCAAGCUUCCUCAUAACUCACUCUUUGUUUCGCCGCGCUUCUACGACCGCGCCCUUGCGCUUCAUCUCUCGGUUGUCGAAGGCAACGUGGCGCUCGUCCAGCAAUGGCUGCGAUGGGAUGCCUCACUGUGUACGUCGGCGACGCUGGAGCUUGCUGCUGCUGCGUCUCAAGGUCCGAUUCUGCAUCAUCUCUUCGAGCAGUUUCCAGCGCUGGCCACACCCAAGAUGAUGGACCUCGUCGCCAUGUCGGGCAACCUCGAGCUUUUGAUGUGGCUUCAUGAAGCGGGUGCUGUAUGCUCCACCGCGGCAAUGGACGGCGCGGCCAUGAAUGGUCACUACGACAGUGUCGUCUUUCUACACUCUGCAAGGACCGAGGGCUGCACGAUGGCGGCGGCAACGGCAGCAACCGUCAAUGGCCACGCGUCGAUCGCUCGCUUUCUUCUCGAGCAGCGCACCGAAGGCGUUGACCCGACGCUUCAGUUUAUACAGCCGCAUCGCGAGCACGUGACGCACAGUGUACGCGGCGAGACGCAACUCGAAGCCGUCGACCUCGUUGCAGCCAGAGUCCAGUUGUCUGACGCGGGGCUCACCGUCAUCGUGGAAAAGGGUGGUCUAGCUACACUACAGUACAUCUACGCGCGGGGGUACCUCAAACGAAUGACCAAGCAAGUGCUGGAGCUGGCGGUGGCCAAGCAAGACCACGCGAUACUGCGCUAUAUCCUCGGCUGCGUCGACCGAGAGAACCCGCGACCGCCCAGCGACGAUGAGUGGCUGCCAACGGACACACCAGACACGACCUUUUCGUUCGAUCCACUUGACCCGAGUCCAUUUGACCGAUGGGAGGGCUGCAAAGUGAUGGAGCUUGCAGCCUUCAACGGCGACCUGACGUCGCUGGAGCUCUUGCACAAGAGCCGCCUGCGCGUCGGUUCGGAGCGCGCCAUCGCCUUUGCCGCCUACCGCAACCACCUGCACGUACUCGACUGGCUGCUCAAGAACCGACGUGACGGGUGUGGCGAAGACGCGAUGGCUCUUGCUGCUGCUGCCGGCCAUUUUGACGUUGUGCGCUGGCUCCACGAGGUCUACGGUCUAUGGCGCACCCACGCCGCCUUGGCAUCGGCAGCGUACAUUGGCCACAUGGCGAUGGCGACGUACCUCUUGAACGUACCGACAGGCGGCGUCGACAAUCAGAGUGACCCAGCCGACGCGGCCUCAAUCUGCCAAUUCACGUUUGCCAUGCACUAUCGUUGCAACUCGUCUGUCGACUACGCCCGGGGGUCGGCAAUGCACUGGGCAGCGAGCCAAGGCCACUCUGCGAUGCUUGAGCUGCUCACCGCUCGCGGCUACGAGGUGCCACCGACAGCACUCGGGGCUGCUGCGGCGAACGGUCAUGCUCAGAUCGUGCGGCACCUCCACGAGCGACACGGCGGCAUUUGCGACUUCAAUUCUGUCUGGAACGCUGUUCGGAAGGGCCAAGUCGAUACGGUUGCGUACGUGCUAUCGCAGCGCUGUUGGGAACGUCAGCAAGACUUUGGCCCACACCAAGACAUUGAGACUGCGAUGUACAUGCUGCUCGUGGCCACCGCACGCAGUGGAAGCCUCGACAUCUUGGCGCUUGUCUGCGAUUCUUUCCAACUACCAACGGGGCUACCAGCUCGCAUCUCGGAGCGCAUGAUGGUCCGCGCUGCGUCCAACGGCCACCUCGACAUGCUCCAACAUUUGCACGACGCCUAUGGCUUUGGAUGGACGCCAAUGGUCCAAGAAGCAGCGAGACCCAACGUCGCGUCGCUUGUGUGGCUGGUGGUCCAUGGCCUCGUGGCGCCGCUGCUUGUGCUCUGUUGCCCGCGCGACCCGAACCAGCCGUUCUUGGACGCGCUCGUGGCGCGCGUGCUUCGGUCGCAAACAGCGCUCUCCCAUGGCUGCGUCCGCUUUAACUUUAACGUCUACGGCCGUCUCCAGCGCCUCGUCUUUCGGCCGACGUCCGUCGUCGAUACCCCAAACGUCAAAGGCUUGUGGUACGAUGGCUGCCCGAGCAAGAGAAACUGGAAUCAUAACAUUACGAUCCUCUACAUCCACGGCGGCGGAUUUGUCGUCGGGUCCGCGACGACGCAGAGCUGCGACAUCAUCCAGCCGCUCCUCCAAGCGCUACGUGCCAUAGACAUUGGCGCGCGGGUCUUUAGCCUCGAGUACGACCUCGCACCCGAGUUCAAGUACCCGCACCAGCUCGAGCAAACCGUUGCGGCGUACGAGUGGCUGCGCGCCGCGACGAGCGGCCCAAUCCUUGUCGUCGGUGACUCGGCGGGCGGGAAUCUCGCGGCGCUACUGCUCCAGCACAUUGUUCGUUGCAACUUGCCUCGCCCGGUGGGAGCCAUCUUGCUCUCGCCGUGGGUGGACGUCGCCGGCACGGCGCCUUCGUACACGCGCAACGCUGCCACCGACGUCUUUCGCCCGUCGACGAUCACAAGCUGGCGCGACUUGUACGCCGCGCCCGAAGACCUGACGCGCGCGUCACCUCUCUUUCAUUCACUGGACAACCUCCCGCCCCUUAUGGUUGUCUAUGGUGGCUAUGAACUCAUGGAAGAUGACAUUCGCGCGUUUGUGGCCAAAGCCAAAACCGCCAACGUCGACGUGGCCGAACUCUGCCACCCGCACAAGCUGCACAACUACCCCGCGAUGCUCCGGUACACGGCGGCAGCGGCCGAUGCGUACGCUGCGAUGGCGCUCUUUGUCGCUCGCCAUUUUCAAAAGUAA